AAAAAAAACUAUUCGGUUUCAUUUCACUGCAUAAGAAAAAAAGACAGAAACGAGGAGUCACGUGAAACUGGUUCUGGUCAUGUGAUCAUGUGAGCUGAAAAUGGCAGCUACGGGGGAGGAGGCCGCAGCGAUGGACAGCAUCUGCAAAGCACCCGCUCCCCCGACCGACCUCAAGCUCACAGCCGAGCACAGGAGAGACGAGGCCACAAACGACGCGACAGACAACCCAAAAGCCAAAAGACCCAGUAAUAACAAUAACGGAGGUGUGGAGACUGCAGAGGAGGCCACUGAACCCGCUCAACCUGAUAUCAAUGAGCUCUGCAGAGACAUGUUUGACAAAAUGUCAGUUUUCUUACAGGGAGAGCUCACCGCAACCUGCGAGGACUACAAACUCCUAGAGAACAUGGACAAACUCACCAGUCUGAAGUACAUGGAGAUGAAGGACAUAUCCGUCAACAUCAGCCGCAAUCUACAAGAUCUCAAUCAGAAAUAUGCCAGUUUGCAGCCUUACCUGGAUCAGAUUAACCAGAUCGAAGAGCAGGUUACGGCUCUGGAACAGGCUGCUUAUAAACUAGACACAUAUUCAAAGAAACUGGGGUGCUGCAGUGAUGACGUAUUUGUGUAGGCCAACCCAAAGUUA